AUAUACACCAUACUCAGUGAGCGGUUGCACAAUGCGGAAUGCACAAUGAUAUCUCUCUGUCGCUCGGCGCGUCGACGAUUGACGAGCGCGUGGUCCAUACGGAUAGACUGAGCCGGCUAUGGUGCGUGCAUGGUGGGGGAAAUCAGAAAAGAGUCGUGAAUAUUGGCAUCGUAGUUCAUAUACACGGUUGUACAGAGGGCGCCUCAUACUGGGCUCGGCUAAAAGCGGCCCGUGACCUCUCUCCUUCUUCUCUUUGGUUUUAUGGUGGAUUCGAUAUGGCGGAUACUCCGGAGAAGGUGGCGCCGAUAUCGGCAUCUGUAGCUGCAGCUGCAGCGACGGCGAAGAAGAAAAAGUCGCUUUCGAAACCUAGAAACUAUGAUUUGGGAAAUGGUGUGUACAGAUUUAGUCGUACACGUAUGUAUCACAAGAAGGCAAUCUAUAAAUUCCUCGAUAAGAAGACUCCAAAGAAAGUAAAGCCGAAGAAACGAUUGACAAUUGAGAAGCAGAUUGGUGGUGACAAGAAUGGUGAAACACGUAUUGUGCUUUUGAAGAAGAGACGUGCCAAUUAUCCUACUGCAGAUCCAGUCACUGUGCAUCAUGCUAAAAAGUGCUUCCGUGAUCAUCGUCGUUAUCUACGACUUUCAUUGAUACCAGGAACCAUCUGCAUUAUGUUGGCUGGUCCUCAUAAGGGCAAAAGGGUUGUUUUCCUCAAACAAUUGAAGAGUGGAUUGCUUUUGGUUACUGGACCAUUCUUGAUCAACGGUUGUCCUCUGCGAAGAGUGAGCCAAAAUUAUGUAAUAGCUACAUCCACGAAGCUGGAUCUCUCAGGCUUUGAAUUACCACAACACAUGAGAGAUGAAUACUUUAAGAGGAAGCGUGACAAGCGUGCUAAGAAAGAAGAAGGAGAUAUCUUCAGCAAAAAGAAGGAGGAAUAUACACCAAGCGACUUGAGAAAAAAAGAUCAAAAACUGGUUGAUAAAGCAAUUAUUGAUAUUAUCAGAAAACAUAAAGAUAAAAAGAUAUUAUUUGCUUAUCUGUCGGCAAUGUUUGGCUUGCGAAGCAGUCAAUAUCCACACAGAUUAAAAUUCUAAUCUGUUAACGAAUCAUUCAAAGAAAUAAAAAAGUGAAGUGUC